CCACUUAUCAGAGAUUACAUUGCAAACUCUCCACCUCCCUUGAAAAUCAUCUCUCUGUGUAGCCCUGGGGAGGAUGCUGAAUAUGGGAGAACUUUCCCCAGGGCACUCAACAAGCUGGGAGAACCUCUGCAGGCUGUUGUUAUUGCGCAUAUAAGUGCAUCAAAGUUGCAUGGACUUCAUAGACAUGAGGAAGAAAAGUUCUUUCUGAAUGAUGAAGAUAAGAAAGAAUCUCUACCCAGUCUUCACGAUCACCCAACACGUGAGCUUUCUGUUGUUGUGCCUUCAUACAACGAGGAAGAACGGUUGCCAUCAAUGAUGAAUGAAGCUUUAGACUAUCUAGAGAAGAGACAGAAGCAAGAUCCCACAUUCACCUAUGAAGUCAUAGUAGUUGAUGAUGGCAGCAAAGAUCAAACCACAAAGGUUGCACUGAAAUAUACUAAAAAAUAUGGUAGUGACAAAGUGAGAGUCCUCACUCUGGUGAAGAAUCGUGGAAAGGGGGGAGCAGUCAGGAUGGGUGUUUUCAGUUCACGAGGCAAAAAAAUACUCAUGGCAGAUGCAGAUGGAGCCACAAAAUUUGAAGAUAUUGAAAAAGUAGAAAAAGGUCUUGAGAGUCUUCAGCCUUGGCCUGAGCAGAUGGCCAUUGCUUGUGGCUCUCGAGCUCACCUGGAGAAAGAUUCAAUAGCACAGCGGUCAUACUUGCGAACACUUCUCAUGUAUGGAUUCCACUUUCUAGUGUGGUUCCUUUGUGUUAAGGAGAUCAGAGACACUCAGUGUGGUUUCAAAUUAUUAACCAGAGAGGCUGCUUCUCGAACUUUUUCAGCUCUUCAUAUAGAACGCUGGGCAUUUGAUGUGGAACUACUUUAUAUAGCUCAGUGCUUUAAAAUACCAAUAGCAGAGGUUGCUGUCAACUGGACAGAAAUUGAAGGUUCUAAAUUGGUUCCUUUCUGGAGCUGGUUGCAGAUGGGCCGGGACCUUCUCUUUAUAAGACUACGCUAUUUGACUGGAGCUUGGCAACUUGGAUCAAGAAAAAUUAACUAGGUUAUUUAUACUUAUCAAAUGGAUUGUUUUGAUAUAAAAAUUAUUGCAGUUUUUUCAACAGUAUGAAGUAAGAAAAAGGCCAGAAUUACUUUUCAUUACAGUUGUUCUGUAUUGCAUUUGUGAACCUGUUUUUAAAAUGGCCAAAACUACAUAUGUCCUAUAUAAAUAAGCCUUUAAAAAGAAAUCUUCAGCUUGCAAGUGCAUUUCAGUCUUUUUAUUUUUGUAAACAUUUGGAAAUCAGUUUUCAUUUGCACAAAAUGCUCUCGGGAACCAAGAAACUGUACAACAGCAAUGAAUACAUGCUUUAAAAAACCUCAUGGGCUUUUGUUUUCUGUAAAGAACAGACAUUGCAUUUAACUUAAGCGUUGCUGUAUUUAUGUAUAGGGGGAACAGCUUUUUGAAUAGACUGGGGAUCUCCUUAGUUGAACAGAAAGAGGAAUGCCCUGUGUUGUGAGGUACUACACAUACAAGAAAUCACUGGAUUUGAAUAUUUGUCUAUGAGUAUGAAGAGCUCUCCCAACUUCUAAAAGACUAACAUUUCAGUUUUCUAGAAGUAUCAUGGAUGCUGUAGUUAUCUAUAAAUGUGUGUUGUGCACACAGUCAUUUCUGCCAUGGAAAGGAACAGGGGAACUAAUUUAAGCUGCACAGAACCCUGUGCAUUCCAGAACAAAAAAAAUGUUUGAGACAAGAAUAUUCCCCAAACACUUAGAAAGUGUUAUUCAGACAACAAAGUACAACCUUUGUUUACAUUAAUUGUGGUUGUAGAUUGAGCUCUGAAUGUAAUGGGACUGCAAGUGUAUUUUCAGCAAAGCUUCUGGGUUAUUUUCAUUUACCGUGGAUGAAUAUACUUCAAACAGUACUGUCAAACAAUCAGAAAGCUACUUCAGUCUUUUAAGCCAAUUUGAUUAGACUACUACCGCAGCCAUAGAUGAAUUCGAAGUGAACAAAGAACCAGGGUAUUCUAUGCCUAUAUGAUUUUUUUUGUUUUGGAGUCUGUUCUUCCCUUUCUUAUGACAUAUUGUUUCCAUAGCACUAUUUCCAUUAAAAUUCCCUUAAGCUUC